AUGCUAAAUAGAGCUAAAUAUCCUCUUGCAAUUGUUGCGAAGGCCCUCGAAACAAUGCCUGACGAGUGGCUUGCAGGCUACGACAUUGGCUGUUCCGUGGAAAUAACUGUCAAGAACAGCUCCCUCGGCCCUGAGUAUGUCAAGAAACACGCACGCAUGUGCGUGAACGCCUUCCAUGGCUACUCGCACUCCCACAUCUGCCAACUUCGCUUCCACCCGAACGUUAUCGAGGGCGCCGGCAUCGAGGAUUUCGAAACGAUGGAGAGGGUCUUCAGCAGGUUGAAUGACCUCGCCCCUGUCAUUCGGUAUGCCUCUGCUUACCGCCGUAGACUUUUGAUCGAAGCAUUUCUUAAGCAAUGGGAUGCCGACAAAUACUUGAACUCGGGCGACUUCAUUCUCGACAACUACACGCAGGCGCUGGAGAUCGUCGACAUCGAAGGCCAGACCCUCAGGCAAAGUAUGGAGCAGCAGGGAAUCACCGCAGGUGACAUCACCCGGUGGCGCGACGAGGAGCUUGCGUAUUUUGCCACGCUGGGCGACGAGCUUGACUACGACAUCCACUCAACAUUGUACGUUGAGCUGCUCCAGAAGCUGCGCGACUUAGAGCCGAAGCUCAAACGAACGCAGACCACAUUCUUAUCCCACGCACCAUCAGCUGAAAAACAGGCUUAUUCCCGCGAUGUUACCCGGAUGCGCAAGCUGGAGACAGAGCGGCGAGUUGCGGCAGAACAAUACGAUCGUGUCAGUGCAGAGGUCGUCGCUCUCGAGAUCAAGAUGGACAUCCAGGAACAUUGGGAUCCAACGACACCUGCAUAUCAGGAGGCUCUCAAGUACAUUUGCGAACAGACGUAUCGGCGCGCCCUCGACAAGCUUCAUCGUCUUGUCGUGCAGCGGUUAUUUGAGCUUCAAAAGCUCAAUGUUUCACAUACCGGUAUGUGA